AUGUCACAAUCUGUAAAACCUAAAUCAUUGAAUUUAAAGAAAGCAUACCCAUUGUUUGGCAUUAAAAAUUUUAGGUCAACAUGUUUUGCUAAUAGUGUAUUCCAGGUAUUAUGUUCUUUACCACCUUUUGUUGAAUAUUUAAAAGAAGUAAAUCCUACAGAUGAUAUGAAAUAUACAAAAGCAAUGAAAGAGAUGUUUAACUUAUUUCUUCAAUGUAAUAAAGUUGGAAUUCAAAAAGAAAUUAUUGAUCCACCUCCAUCAAUGAAGGAGAUUAUUAUGAAAUUACAAACAGAAAGUGGUCAAUAUCAAAUGGAUGCAACAGAAUUUUAUACUACUUUAAUUAAUUGUUUACAUACUGAAUGUAAAAAUAAAAUAUCUGAAGGAGAAGAAGCACAACAAGAUGAUGAUGGAUGGGAAGAAGUUGGAAAAAAAUCCAAAAAGAUUCAAUUAAGAAGUGAAAAAACUGAUGGAACAAGUGUAAUUUCUGAUUAUUUUAGAGGAAGUAUGAGGUCAUUGACUAUAACUAUUGAUGAAAUGAAAAAAAAACACAACCAAGCCGUUUUACAAGAGUUUUAUGUUUUAUCAUUACCAAUUCAGUCUAAACAAAAUUGUGUUAGUUGUGUUAGUCAAGCUAUUAAUUUAGCUUUCUCAAAAAGAAAAAUUGAUAACACACAUUUUCAACAAUUGUUUAUUGAAGAAGCACCAAAAUUAUUAGUAUUACAAUUAAACCGUUUUAUUUAUGAUCGUGUGAAAUUAGAUGUUGUUAAAUUAGUAGAUCACAUCAAUUAUACUGAAUCUCUUCAAUUAAAAACAAAUAAAGGAAAUGUAAAUUAUAGACUUAUAAGUAUUAUUGAACAUCGUGGAAAUCAAAUAAGAAGAGGACAUUAUGUAUGUUAUGUUAGAAGAGGGGAGAAAUGGUAUUUUUGUAAUGAUGAAAAUAUUCAACUCAUUGAACAAAAAGAUAUUUAUGAUAAGAUGGCAUAUGUUUUAAUUUAUUCGUCUUUAAAUUAA